GAGUUUCUUAACCCUAUAAACGGUAACAGACUUUUGCCUCCUUGAAUGUUUGUGGAGACUUUGGAUGUUUCUAUAUGCUCCAGGAGGCUUGGUAUCAGAAGAAUGUCCAUCGACAAUAGCAAGCUUCUCAUGUGCUGAAGACUCUAUUCCUCGGAAACGGGAUAGGUCCCGAUGGAGACAUUUAUUUACACUUUUUCUCUCAUCACUGAGUGGAGAUGACACUGACCUUGGUGAGGAUAAGGCAGGAGAGUUUCUCAAGCAUACAGCAAGACAGUCAACAAGUCCAACCAAAUAUAAUGAAUUGGUUGGCCUGUCUAACCUCAGCAUAGGCACAUCGAACUACUACAGCAAUACCACGGGAUUCUUGACCACGAGCAGCAAUGCGCGGUUCUUGAAGGCAGUGGUGGCGGGGGACGCUGAGCUGGAUGGACGGAUCUUGACACUGAAAUUGAAGAAUUCCGCGUUUUCCGAAUUAGAAAGUGCCACUAGUAACUUCAGACCAGAUGUUCUCCUUGGUGAGGGUGGGUUUUGGAAAGUCUACACGGGGUGGGUCGAUGAGAAAACCUUAGCCCCUUCUAGAUGGGGCAGUGGAAUCCUAGUUGCAGUCAAGAAAUUGAACCCAGAAAGUAUUGAAGGUUUUAAUGAAUGGCAGGCGGAGAUGAAAUUCGUUGGAGGGCUUUCACACCCGAAUAUUGUUAGGUUACUCGGGUAUUGCUGGAAGGAUAAAGAGAGCUUCUUGGUUUCGGAAUUUAUGCAGAAGGGCAGCUUGGACAACCAUCUUUUCAGAAUUAUCCUCAAUCUUUCAGGGAAUCCUUCAAUUCAACCCCUUUCUUGGGAGAAACGACUCAAAAUCGCCAUUGGAGCUGCCCGAGGUCUUACUUUCCUUCAUGGUUCGGAGAAGCAAGUCAUUUACAGAGAUUUCAAGACCUCAAAUAUAUUUAUCGACUCGGGAAACAUGCAGCCCUUUUCAUGUAGAAUUCUACCCAUGAAACAACGAUUCAUCUUGGCACUGUGGCAUCUCGAUUAGCUGGACGACCUGGAGGUCCUAUCACUACGAGCUGCAAGCAAAUCCCUCAUAGACUGAGUGAUCCUUCUACCUUUCCGACCGUCACCUUGCUUGGAAAUGCUGCGGUCUGGCAAUCUGAUGGUCUUUUGAGAUGUGGCAUUAACUUUUCAUGGAGAUGGUUGCAAUUGGUCUUGUAAUAGGAGUUGAUCUUCAUGCAUUAUCCAGAGGUUCUGCAAAUGAUCAAGGCGAACGAGGGCGAGUAUGAGGUUGCAUCACAUCCUACGGAAGUAUCAAAAGUUCACACGGCAACCCGAGAAAUUCAUUACAAGAUUGGGCAAUGUGUGUGUUCAUCAAUUGUCUCUUGUUUUCUCUCUUGCAAUGGUUUCUCGAGUUUCAAAAGAUGCAAGGUGCAGGUUCAUAAAAGUAUAUCUUAAGCUGAAAGGAGUAAACCAUUCCCAGGAUGAAAUUGUUCUGAUUAGUGGACUCGAGACAUAAUUUACUACACCUCAUCCAAUCACAAAAACGGGAGAACUUGCCUUCGCAGGAUGAUGGGAGAACCGAUUCAUUGAGUCCUUUGAAGUCUGCUGACCAAACAAACACUGACGCUUGCAAAUGCAAGGAAUCAUACUUCUCUGGUCACCAAGGAGGAAGAAUUGUUCGACUAUGUCCAGGAGUUAAUGAAUGAGAUAUUGAAAAUAGACAAGGCCCUCAAUAUCCAAAUUGAUAGACUUCAUUUGAUGGUUUGCUUCGUACAUUGUAACGUAAUGUUUUUGUACUUUAGUUCCUUGUUUUAUAUUUAUCAGAUGCUCCAUAUCUAUUUGCACAACUUGUACACUAUGUCUUGCUUACCUACGAUUCAAGUGAACCAAUCUUUUUACCA